GUGUGUGUGCAUGCAUGCUUGGCUCCAGACAUGGACCUGCGGCGGGCCCAGGUGGUGGCGCUGUCCACGGGCACCAAGUGCAUCAACGGCGAGUAUCUGAGCGACCAGGGCCACGUGGUCAACGACUCCCACGCCGAGGUCACCGCCCGCAGGGCCCUGCUGCGCUUCUUCUACGCCCAGCUGGAGCUCUUCCUCAGUAAGAGGCCAGAGGACUGGGAGGAGUCGGUAUUCGUGCGACACAAGGAGAGCGGCUACCGGUUACGGGACGGCGUCCACUUCCACAUGUACGUCAGCACCUCUCCAUGUGGCGACGGCCGGCUCAACUCCCCCUACGAGAUCUCGGCCGAAUUGCACAGCAGCAGGAACCUGGGCCGGAAGCAGCACAGCCACCUGCGCACCAAGAUCGAGUCGGGCGAGGGGACGGUCCCGGUCCGGUCCCGGGGGCCCGUCCAGACCUGGGACGGGGUCCUUCAGGGGGAACAGCUGGUCACCAUGUCCUGCACCGACAAGAUCUCCAGGUCAGUGCUGGGAACUAAAGCUUUUGUUAUAUACCUGCGUCCAAUACCCUAAUGGAGGGCCCUGGGUCCCUCCAUUACCGGUAGAGCCAGAAGUGGGGCCGCUGGGGCCCAACCUGGGAUUGGCCCGCUAAGUUGUUUUGGUUGUAGUCGUUAGAAGAGUGACUGACCGAGGAGGUUUUGGAUGCACAUCGUCUGUGAAUAAUGAAGAAAUCUUUUCAAUAUUUGAAUUUUUUCUGUUAUUAUUGUUAUUUUUAUUUACGUAACAAACUUUGACUGGGACCCAAACUUUGGUUUCUUACCUCCGUGCUCAAACAUUCAAAUACUGCCAUCCAGCACUUCAGCGGUCUACGUAUUCUACGGACAUUCUCCUGCCUAUCAUUUCACCAUUCACCCAACAUCGAGUGGAAGAGAUAAAAAAAUAACUUGCGACUGUGUUUGAUGCUUGCACUAAUCCACAGUACUCAAGUCAGGAAAAAACAGAUUAUUUGCAAAUUAGUUUUAUCGCGCAUUUAUACACAAAAAAGGCUUUCAUUGUCCCGCUGGGCUGAAUGUUCCUAUGUGCCAGAGUGUUAACCCUUCUGGUUUUCUCAGGGCCUCUUCCGCAUUGCAGUGCAGCGCACAUUCGACAUAGCAGACCAUUUAAAUCUUUUUUCAAUUAAAUUGAAUUGUAUUUUAUUUGUAUAGCCCUUAAUCACAGGUACAGUCUCAAAGGGCUUAACAGGCCAUAUAUUUAUGGCACUUCGUGGUUUUACAGUCAAACGUGUCUUAAAAGUCUACACUCGCUCUGUUGAUACAGUGUGUUCUGAAUGUAAGUUAGGUAAAAUCGCCUUUGUACCGGAGUAGUAUAAAAACCGAUCAACCCUUUGCAAAUUGCCACAUGCCUAGGAGAGAGCCUUCGCACCUAGUGUCUAACCGCUUUGAUGAGUGCCAGAUGGGCGUAUAGGUAGAGAUGGGACAGAAUCCAGACUUUUUCGCUUUGCAUUGCACUCAAUAACCAGCAGAUUUCCCUCUCAUUCAUUUAGAUGUAACACAGGGUUACUGCUAAUAAGCACGUCCAGAUGGUGGUCUCAAAAUCGAUUUUGUGGCCUUACUGCAGCAUUUAUAAUAGAUUUGUAAAAAUGGAUUCUCGUCUAUGUGAGAGAGAGGGAAAAAUAAUUCCAGACUGUGUGUGUGUGUGUGUGUGUGUGUGUGUGUGUGUGUGUGUGUGUGUGUGUGUGUGUGUGUGUGUGUGUGUGUGUGUGUGUGUGUGUGUGUGUGUGUGUGUGUGUCUGUGCCGGUGUGUGAUAAUGUGUGUGCGUCAUUGGUCAUCGGCAACAUUUGCGUUGCUAUCGGCGUUUUGAUUUCCCAUAUGUGUCAGCUAAUCCUGUACUAAUAAACUGGCAUAUUAAAAGUGUACGUCACAGACUUCCGGUUAUGGCAGCCACUAAAAGACGUGUUUCACAUUGUAUGCCGCGAUGCCAAGGGGUGGCAAAAACAAGGCCAAGCGUCUCCUACACAGCCGAA